AUGAGAAACAUCUCAUCUGAUGAAAGUAACCAGUUAUACGAUACCUUAUUGAGUCAUAGAUUAAACCAAUGUGAUAUGACCACUUUGCAAAUCCUUAAUAAUAUCAAACUAGGUCAUAUUAAUAGUUUCAAUUAUAGAACGUUUACAAUCGACCAAAAUCAAUCCAUUGGUGAAUCAAUAACAACUUUCUUAUUGAUUAAUAAAAAAAAUAUGAAGUUAGAUAAUUUUAUCAACAUAAUUCUGGAAAAUCUUGCAAACCUAAUUAAAGAAAUCUCUUUAAAUGAAAAUGAAACAAGUUUAUCUAUACCAUUCCUUAUAUGUUUAAUGUUUCAGACUAUCCAGUUUAGGCCAAGUACCGUUCAUUACACAUCUUUAAGAGAGUUAUUUAUUUUCUUAUGUGAUUUAAUUAAAAAAAAUCAACAUGUCUUGAGAAAGCCGUUACAUGACUCACCCCUCCACAUUAAUGUUGAACCCAGAAUCUUCCAAUAUGAAAUGAUAGAUGACCUAAUUAUAUGUUUCUCAUUCGACACCUUGGAAAUGAUUCUAAAGAUUUUACAGAACCAUAACAAUAUUGAUAACUUUAUCGAUUUUUUGAAUAUCGACAUCUUACAAAAUUUGGAACAGUUAUAUAAAUUAUGUUUCUCCAUCUCCUAUAAUCCAAUUAUUAAUAUAAUAUUCAACAUGGUAGGGAUAUUGAAUACAUUAACAAAUAUUUUGAUAUCUGUCAUUAAUAUAAAGGAACAUAGCGAUACUAAGAACUUCCCACAAGCCAGUUGGUGGAGUAAUUGUUUGCCCAGGUUAUACACACUAUUGAAUACAAACAUACGGAAUUUUAACCCGAUUGAAGAGACAGAUUCUAACUGUUUUUCAAAAAAACGAUAUUUCGAUGUAGCCGGAUUAAUAAGAAACAUUGGUCAUAAUUCAUGGUCCAAAUUCAUAUCAAAAUUAAUCUGUAGAGGUAAAUUACAAUUUUUACCAAGAGUCAUUUACAAAGACGAUAUUUUAGAUCCAGAUCAUUAUGAAUCCAUAAUUGUUGGUCAACUUGAUUUUAAACCAGAGAGAUGGUUACAUCUUUUGAAAAAUGACAUUUUACAAAUAUUGGAGAACCUUUUGUACCUUUAUCCUAAUAAUGAAAUUAUAGCCAAUGGUGAUAUGCUAUUUGAAUUGACAAAAUUUCUGUCUCGUGAACAAGAAGAAUUGCUAGUAACAUAUAUUGGCCAAGAUAACCCAAAUGUAAUGCUCAAGAUUCAAAAUGUGGAACAUACAAUCAGAUUAAUAUACCAACUAAUGAUCUAUUUUGGUGAUAACAUUAGUGAUCAAAAUAUAAAAUCAAUAGAAUCUGAACUGGUCACCUCUUUAUGGAGGAUAAUAGUAUCACAAGUAGAUGACCAUAUACGCUCCCAUGACGAUAUGAAAGAUCAUCGUCAUCUAGUUGACAAGCUAAAUGAGCUGACAUUAAAAGAUGAUAAAUUGUAUUAUGAAGAUGCAUUGGAGACUAUACCUGAGUAUAUUAUGGAUGAAUUAUCAAAUGAUUUAGAGUCCAGGUCCUAUAAAAUUAUGCAAAUCAAAUAUGAUAAAGUUUAUCAAGAGAUGGCAAAGAUUAUAUUUGAGACCAAAUUGAAUGGACUUCUUACCAUGGAUGAAAUAGAUUCGUUAUAUAGUGCAAUGGGACUCUGA